AUGGCCCCAUCACUCCUGCACGUUUUCAUAGCCCUCUUGACACUAACACCAGCCGUGCUUCCAACUACUCCGCUACCCUCGAGCACCUCAACAGCCACAGUGGCCUGCAACAAUUCGCCAGCGUUAUGUUCCCGCGCAUACAGCAACAUCACCCACAUGGGUGCCCAUAACAGCGCCUUCCUCCGUGACGCCAGCACAGGCAACAGCUUGGCCGGGAACCAAUUCUACAACGCCACCGUCGCCCUGUCGGCGGGUCUUCGCCUGCUUCAAGCUCAGGUGCACCUCUCCAACGGCACCCUCCGUCUCUGCCACACCCUGUGCGAGCUGCUCGACGCCGGGACCCUCGAGACCUGGCUCUCCAAGAUCAAAUACUGGCUUGACACGCACCCAAACGACGUCGUCACCCUCCUGCUGGUCAACGCAGAUAGCCAGCCGGCCGCUUCGUUCGGCGCCGCCUUUGAAGCCUCAGGCAUCUCCGCCUACGGCUUCGUCCCGUCCGGUUCCGGCUGGCCGACGCUGCAGGAAAUGAUCGUGGCCGGCACGCGGCUGGUGACCUUCAUCGCCUCUAUCGACACCACAGCCACACAAUACCCCUACCUCCUCCCCGAGUUCUCGCACGUGUUCGAGACACCUUUCAACGUAACCUCCCUCAGCGGGUUCGGCUGCGCCCUCGACCGGCCUUCGUCGGCGGGUUCAGCGACGUCGGCCGUGCGCGCCGGCCUGCUUCCUCUGCUCAACCACUUCGCCUACACGGCCGUCACGGCCGACAUCCUGAUCCCCAACGUCGGCAACAUUGACACCACCAACAGCCCGUCGACGUCCGAAACGGGCGCCCUGGGCCUGCACGCCCAGACCUGUGCCGCCCAGUGGGGGGUCAAGCCCGUGUUUGUGCUGGUGGAUUUCUACGACCGGGGUCCGUCCAUCGACACGGCCGAUCGGGUUAAUGGUAUCGUCGCCACGGGCCGCGACACGUCGGGCCAGCGGGCUGCCUCGUCGACCGUGGCGCUGCUUGUGUUUAUGGCGGUUGGGUUGGUCGUUUUCUAA